AUGUGGACUCGUUGCUUUCGAUUGCUUUAUUCGGAUUCUGACAUUUUUGAGGAGGGAUUUUUGACUUGUAGUUAUUUUAAAGCAGCAGUAGAUUUGGGUAAUAAAAUUCAAAAACCAAAUAUAAAAAUAAAGGUUGAAGGAACUGAAAAGAAUCAGGCAAGAGAAGUGGGAUGUAAAUCAAAUGAUUAUAAAUUUAUUGGUGGAUAUUCUGAUUUUUCUAAAUUGGUUGAGAGUAGACAUAAAUUAGAUAAUGUUUCAACAUCUUCAUCAUUAAAUAUUAAAGAUGAUGUUAAUGGAUGCGAAGAUGGUGUUUCAUCAUCCAACACAGAUCUUCUUAACCCAGCUAGUCAUAAUUAUCGACACUUAAUAAAAUCACAAUUGAGUUUAUCAAAAAUAAUUAAUGUUUAUUUUGAUUCAAUUCCAUAUGAAAUCACCAAAGAAGGUGAGAUCAAUGCAAUACGUUUAGAGAAUGCUGCAAAUGAGUUUCGAAAAAUCCAACAAGACUUGUCAAAUGUCAUAGAAGGAAGACAGCGUUUAGAUUCACAAUUACGAGAAAAUGAAAUUGAAUUUCAACUAUUAAAAGAAGAUUCAAAUAUAUUUAAACUUAUUGGACCAGUAUUAGUGAAACAGGAUAAAGCUGAAGCUGUUCAAAAUGUGAAUAAACGAUUGGAAUAUAUUCGAUCUGAAAUAAAACGUAUGGAAAAACAAAUUGAAGAUUUAACACAAAAAUCAGAAAAGAAAAAACUUGAAGCACAUCAUGCUGUUACGCCUAAUUAUAUUAGAAUUUUACACAUUGCAAGUAACAAAGAUUUUUAUGGGGUUGUUCUUCUACAGCAAGAAGAUAUGAUGGUACCUCAUUUGGUACUGUCAUUUGAUCAAAUCUAA